AUGACUGAUUUUCCUUUGAGUUCAAUCCGCCGCAGCCCUGAUGAUUCUCAGCGACUCAUGAAGUGGGCUAUAGAGCUAAGCCAAUACGACCUCCUCUACUGGCCGAAGAUUGCAAUAAAAGCUCAAGCCUUAGUAGACUUUGUUGCAGAAUUCACACCAUCAGCCGAAGAAGGGAAGCUGGUCAGCAAAAAGAAGGAAAGUUCGAGAGCAGACAAGACCUCCACUGAACCUGACCAACCCAGAGACAUGUGGCAGUUGCGUGUAGACAGAGCGUCGAACCAGAAAGGAGCUGGAGCAGGCAUCGUCAUCAUCACCCUGCAUGGAACCCUGCUAGAGCAAGCUAUCACGCUUGGCUUCCUGGCUUCAAACAACGAGGCAGAGUACGAGGCAUUGCUUGCUGGCUUGCACUUGGCAAAUGAGCUAUCAAUCAAAAAGUUGGCCAUCUACCCAGAUUCCCAGCUGAUCACAAGUCAAGCCUUAGGAGAGUACAUGGCGAAGCACCCGAGGAUGAUCCUGUACCUUGACAAAGUCCAAGAGUUGUUGAAGGCGUUUCCCACCUUCACCAUCCAGCAAGUGCCCCGAGCAGAGAACGCUCAUGCAGAUGCACUGGCAAGCUUAGGAUCGACGCUGGAUGCCCAGUUCAGACGCUCCAUCCCUGUUGAGAACCUCGACCAGCCUAGCAUAGAAGAGGCAGAGCAGUUGGACCUGAUGCAGAUCGAUGAGGAUCCUAGCUGUCAUCGACAACAGUACACAGUUCGUGGGCAGGCAGACCACCGCAUUCCUUGCGAAGUAUGGCAUCAAACAGCACCUGUCAACUCCCAGAUACCCGCAAGGCAAUGGCUAAGCAGAGGCAUCCAACAAGAUCGUGCUGGAUUGCCUAAAGGAAAGACUGGAAUGCGCAAAAGGAAAAUGGGUCGACGGGCUGCCAGGAGUCCUAUGGGAUUAUCGCACAAUCAAAAGGAGAUCAAUCGGAGAGACACCAUUUUCUCUGGCCUAUGGGAACAGAAGCAAUCAUUCCCCCACACAUCACAGUCCCUUCCAUGA